UAAUUUAAUAAAUGUUUUAUUAUAAAAAAAAAUUUAAUUAAAUAAAUUUCAUAAUUUACUUUUCAAAAUUAGAUAUUGUAUUAAUAUAAUUGUUUAAUAAUUUUGAAUUUUUUAUAAAAAAAAGUGAAUAGUAAUUACUAAUAAAGAAAAAUUUCAAACUACAUAAAAUUUUCUUUAACAAAAAGUAUAUUGAAACUUGAAAAAUAGCAAAUAAUAUAUUUCAAUAUUCAAGAUAGAGACUAAUAAAUAAUGUAUAUUAAGUAGAUUCGUCAUUUUACAAGUUCAUUAAUAAAAUAUACGAUAAAAUGAUUAUAAUUAUUAGUCUCUAAAGAGAAAGGUCAAUUUUAACUGAAAGUACACAAAUUAAUAAUUAAUAUCCGUCUGAACGAAGGAUCAAAUAUUGUUUGAUUUCAAUAGCGACAGUUGUGCAUUUCUCUUCAUUUAAUAAUUUAAUUUCGCGGAAGUUCUCCAUACGGAUGCAUUAUAUAGAAACUAUUUAUGGACGACAAUUGUUUGUGAAAAUAUUCUCUUUGAAUUUUACAUAUACUUUAUAUAUAUAUUGUAUAUAUAUAUAUCCGCGCACAAUUUAUCUCUUCGAAUUAAUUAUUUAUUGAAUAAUUAAUAUUCACCUUAACAACGGAAACUUAAGUUUGUUAUGGUUACAAACAUUAAAAAAUUAUUUCAAUUCCAACUGAAAAUAUAAUAUUUGUAUAUAAAAAUAAUGAAUUUCAAGAGUGUUAAUAAAUUUACAGUUCUAAUUAAUCUUCUAUCGGGAAAUCUUCUUCCAUUGAGCAAUAAAAAUUCAGAAUUCUCAUGGGGAUGGAAAAUAUAUGCGAUAAUUUCAUGGAUAUUGCAAAUUAUCUAUUUUUUAUUAAGUUUCAUUGGAUUAUUUUUAGUACCAAAAGUACAAGCAAUACAAUAUGGAACUGUCAAUAUAGUUGUGUUAAUUGAAGUUUUAGUGCUUUCAAUUUAUGUGAAUUUAAGAAGAAAUGAUUUUAAAAAAUUGAUUAAAAUGAUAAAUGAUAUUUUGGACAAUUCAGAUGAAUAUAAGAUUUUAAAUUGCAUUCAUCGGACAACAAAUCCUAUAAAUAAACCUCUAAGAAUUUAUAUAAUGGCUGUUGUAUUAACAGUAUUAUUUUGGACUGGUUUGCCAAUUAUUAAAAUAAUUGAACAGGAUAAAUUUUAUAUUCUCGAUUUUCGUGUGCCAAUGUAUUUCAUUAAAGAACCAUUUACAAGAAAUUUUUUUGUUUACGCUAUUUUAUUUCAAGUGAUAUGUGCACCCAAUGUAAUAGCUAAAAAAUCGUGUAUUGACUUUUAUGUAAUUCACAUGAUUACAUUGGUUACAUCUGAAUAUCAUUAUAUUAGCGACGAAUUAGAAAAUCUAUUUGAAGAGAAGAAUAAUUUAGAAAUUACAGUCAAUUUGAAAAUUAAUGACAAAAAAUACGUUUAUGAUGAAAAAAUAAUUGAUGAUAAGUUGAGACUGAAGAAAUUGAAACAACUUAUUGAACAUCAUAGUUCUGUGACAAAAAUCGGUAAAUUGUUGAAAAAUCUUUUAUCAUUAAAUGUUGCAUUAACAUACGGUAAUUGCAUAUUUCGAUUUUGUUUUUUGUCAUUCAUGAUAAUAACGUUGCCAAUAUCAAUUUUUGAUAAAUGCCUAAUUGUAAUGUACACCUCCGGUUCAAUGAUUCAAGUUUUCAUGUUAUGUUUAUGCGCUCAAGAAUUAUUGGAAGCGAGCACAAGUAUCACGAAAAAUGCAUUUUAUAAGGAAUGGCACAAAUGUGAUUUAAAUUCUCGAAAAAUUUAUUCUAAUAUGAUGAUUUCAAAUAAUCUCGAAUGUAGAUUGUCAGCUUUUGGAACAAUAGAUAUGAGUAUUAAUACCUUUACAACGAUAUUAAAGCAGUCGUAUUCAGCUUGUUUAUUCCUACUGAAAAUUAAUUCCUAAUCGUAAUCGUAAACAAUUCUAUACUACAAAACGUAC